AUGGUGCGCCUUUCGCUCCUUUCCCUUCCCUUCCUGUACUCGAUCACAGCGCUGGCCGCUCCUUCGGUACCAUCAUUGAAGCUCAAGAAAUACGUCGACGCCUUGCCCUUGGAGUUCAACUUCAACCCCGUCAUCUCAGCCUACUGGACUGGUCUGCCACAUCAUCGCCGCACCCCCUUCGCUGUGUCUGCAGAUGGCAAGACGGGUUUCCUGGCCUACCUGGACGCCAGCGGCACAGAUGUGCACCUCCAGCAUAUCGACAUGCGAACGAUGAAGGAGAAGGGACGUACUGUCACCAUCCCGAAUGUCAAGGAAGCGGGCGGUCUGGUUGCGCAGAGCCAUGGGUUCGCUUUGCUAGGCAACGAGGCCAUCCCGUCUUCGGUCGCCAAUGCGCCGCCGGGUGGUACUCCUGUCCCGGCCAUCUACCGCUACCAGAAUGGCAAACAACAAUGGAAGACCUUCGUCGCCGGACCAGGUGUACAUGCUGAUGACGGGCUGUCGAUGGCACCGGACAUGAAUGGCGAUCUCGUCUACUCUGAGAAGUCUGGCUUGUAUGGGGCGUACUUCGUAGUGACAGACUACACCGGCUUUGCGGAGGGACACUUUGGGGACAGCAUCCAGUAUGUGGACGACAGCGGCAAGUUGAAAACCAUCGAAGGCGCAUCCAGUGCCUGGGGCUGUUCUCACAACACUGGUAUCGCCUUUGAGGCUGCCGAUGAGCCGCCGUAUGCCAGCAUCUGCGCUGAGGACCAAGGUGCUAUCUGGUUGAACAGCAAGACGCUCGGGAUGUCGAAUACCGGUGUCAAGAUCUCGAACGAGAACACUACCAAUGGCGGCAGUGGCGAGCCAAUGGGCGGAAUGUCCGGCUCCUACUCUGCCCUCGCUCGCUUCACCAACUCCGACUCAUACAUCUUCGCCUGGGUGUCCCGCGGCGCAGUCGAUCUGUCCGGAAACGAUUGGAUGGGUGAAGGCUACACCCACUCUCUCCCGCGCACUGAAGGCCGCCGGACAGCGAUCGCCAUCCUCAGCGACAAGUACACCAAAGUCGGCCCGCAAGCGACUUCCCAGGUCGGUGCAGCAAACGGCGACAGUCAGGUAAAUUGGGUCGCUCCGACCGGAGGCGACAGCAAUAACGCUCACGUUGCCGUGUUCGAUGACACCUACGCCCUGGUCACCUGGGAAGAGAUCGCCAACCCGAGCUGUGAUUUCGUGGCUAUGGGCUGCAGCGGCGCUUUUUCUGGGACUUACUUCCAGCUCGUCAACAAGGCUGGCAAGAUGAUCGGCAAGCCAUUAAAGAGCAUGGAUACAUACGUCGCUGGCGAUAUGGUCACGAUGCCCGAUGGCAGGAUCUGCUGGCCGUACGUUAACAUGGCUUGGAAGCUGGAUGGGCCUGUUGAUGGAGGGUCGGCGAAGAAGAUGAGUUUUGCUUGUAUGAGUUUGGCUUAG